AUGUUCGUUUCAGAGCUGGCGUACAGCACGCUGCAGGGCGCCACGCAAGUGGGUUGCCAUAUUCUUCACUUGGAUGCAUCCCAUGGUGAAGAAUCUGUCGUCGGGUGUGGCUCGGCUGCUCUUCUCGCCAAGUUUGCCGAGCUAUGUCCAGAAGUUGAUGUACAACAUGUCCGUUUGUGGGAUGAGGGCAUGCGCAGCAAGAUGGAGUACAACUUGGACCAUGUAAGGGCGAAGAUGGCAAUGCUUGCAGGAAGAGGAUCUGAAGAUUGCUUCCAGCAGUUUGCCAGCAUUGAGGUGCUGGCGAAACAGAUUGCGACGGCCAGAGGUUUAGUGGUGUCUGCUCCCAUGUGGAACUUUGCGGUGCCUUAUGUCAUGAAGCAGUACUUCGACUGCGUGCUGCAUCCAGGACUGACAUUCACCGAAACCAGUUCUGGGCCGACUGGGCUCCUUGGUGGCGGACGCCCGGUGGUGUUGCUGACAUCAUCGGGUGGUGUCGCAUCAAAAGACUACGUCACGCCCUGGCUGCUGGAUGUUGCGGCCAUGGCUGGAUUUGACAUACCCAAAGUGGUUUCAGCUGCCAGUCUCGUGAGCCGAGACCGCGCAACAGCCAUUGAUCUUUUCCGACAGCAGGCGGCAGUUGCGGCAGAGCACCUGACCCUGGAACCUGGGACGAAAAGAUCGACCGUGCAGCCCGGUGAUGGUGACGAGCUUGGCUCAUCCUGUGGGCACGAGGAGCUUCGCAGAUGGCUGGAGAGCAGCGGCGGUCUGAGCUCAGACUGCCUGGAUUCUUUGGAGUCAGCCCGUGUCGAUGGUGAGCUGUUUCUCGCUGCCUCCGACAAUGACUUACGUGAUGAGGAGCUUGGUCUUGAAGAGGCCGACAUCGUGCGUCUUAAGCAGCUGCAGAAGCUGUUCCAGGAGAUCUGUCAUGCCGGCUGA